AUGCGUGACGCGGUGUCGCGGCUGUUUCAAUGGCGGCUCGGCAGCCAAGGCAGAGUAGCCGAAGCAUUUUGCGAGGGAACGCACACGCCGACGGCAGAUGACGGCUCUGCGUUGCCUCAUCUCCUUGCCGACAUUCUCCACGUUGAAGGGCCUCGUCUUCUCUUCAGACCCGUGCUGUACAGGAUGCAAGCUGCCAGAGAAAUGCCGAGCACCGAGCACGAGGUGACGUUGCGCAUUCCAUCUGCGCAGACGGGUGUAGACAUUGUCGGCAUUCUGCAUCAUCAUUACUCGACACAGCAGCGAACCAGCGAUGUAGCGCUCAUCCUCCACGGCCUCAUGGCGCACAAGAACCAAAGCUAUCACCGCGAGCUCGCCGUCGCGCUCCCGAUGGACAGUUUUCGCUUCGACUUUCGAGGCAACGGAGAGACGGGCGGUGCGUGGGGAAUGUGCAACAUCGCGAAUGACAUCGAGGACCUGCAAGCGGUGGUGUACCACUUGCGCCACCAGCUGGGCUACCGUAUCGAGCUCAUAAUCGGCCACUCGCGCGGCUCGCUGGAUGCCUGGGCGUAUAUUGGCCGCGAUGAGCGCCUUCGCUGGGACGACGACACGGAUGUGCCCUACCUCGUCGCCGUGUCCGGCCGUUGGGAUAUGCCGCGUGUGCUGGACAGAUAUGACGUGUACAAGCCUGGCUUCGAAAAGGAAGGCGUCUUCCGCUGGCGCACGAAGAGUGCUGGGGUGCAACGAGAGUAUCCGGUCUAUCCCUCGGACCUCUCGCGCAUGGCGAGUUUCCCUAUCCGUAGCAUCGUCAAGCGCCUGCCCUUAAACACCGACGUACUCCUUGUCCACGGUACUAAGGACCGCACGGUCCCGGUGCAAGACGCAAGCAGCUAUCUGAAAGAGCUUUCUAGUAUCCCACGUCGAUCGCAUGAUUCACAGCAGAUCCAGCUCAUCCAUGGCUCGGACCACAUGUACAAGGGCUACACACACGAUGUGGUCGAGCGCAUCCUCGGCUGGUACCGCCAGCGCAAGGCAGCCAAGGCGACAGCUCCCGCACAGGCCCGCCUCUGA